GCGUACCAGAUAAUCAACGACGAGCUGAUGCUGGACGGGAACCCGCGGCUGAACCUAGCGUCGUUCGUGACGACGUGGAUGGAGCCGGAGUGCGACCGCCUCAUCAUGGCCGCCGUCAACAAGAACUACGUCGACAUGGACGAGUACCCCGUCACUACCGAGCUCCAGAACCGAUGUGUGAAUAUGAUAGCCCACCUUUUCAAUGCGCCGAUCGGAGACGACGAAACGGCGGUCGGAGUCGGAACUGUCGGAUCCUCAGAAGCCAUAAUGCUGGCAGGGUUAGCAUUCAAGAGGAGGUGGCAGAAUAAGAGAAGGGCAGAAGGCAAGCCAAUUGACAAACCAAACAUUGUCACUGGUGCCAAUGUCCAGGUUUGCUGGGAGAAAUUCGCGAGGUACUUCGAAGUAGAACUGAAGGAGGUGAGGCUGAGGGAUGGGUAUUAUGUCAUGGACCCCGAGAAGGCCGUCGAGUUGGUGGAUGAGAACACUAUCUGCGUCGCCGCCAUUUUGGGUUCGACUCUCACCGGAGAGUUCGAGGACGUUAAACGGUUAAACGACCUCCUUACGGAGAAGAACAAGGAGACAGGGUGGGACACACCGAUCCAUGUCGAUGCCGCGAGUGGAGGGUUCAUUGCGCCUUUCCUCUACCCCGAACUAGAAUGGGACUUCCGACUUCCGCUAGUGAAGAGCAUCAAUGUCAGCGGCCACAAGUACGGCCUCGUUUACGCCGGCGUCGGAUGGGUUGUUUGGAGGAGCAAAGAAGAUCUACCUGAAGAGCUCAUUUUCCACAUAAACUAUCUCGGCGCGGAUCAACCGACAUUCACCCUCAAUUUCUCAAAAGGUUCGAGUCAGAUCAUUGCUCAGUACUACCAGUUCAUCCGUUUGGGCUUUGAGGGAUAUAAGAACAUCAUGGAGAACUGCAUGGAGAAUGCUAGGGUACUGAAAGAAGGCAUAGAGAAGACCGGCAAAUUCGACAUCCUCUCGAAGGACGUCGGCGUGCCGCUGGUCGCAUUCUCCCUGAAGGACGGGGGCACGUACACCGUUUUCGAGAUAUCGGAGAGCCUGCGGCGGUUCGGGUGGAUCGUGCCGGCCUACACCAUGCCCCCCAACGCGGAGCACGUCGCGGUCCUCCGUGUGGUCAUCCGCGAGGACUUCAGCCGGAGCCUCGCGGAGCGGCUCGUGACCGAUCUCGCGAAGGUCCUGGCGGAGUUCGACGUGCGGGCGAGCCGUGUCAAGACCACGGUGGCGCACGUAACGACCGCGGAGCGGAGCAACGGCGAUGGCGACGCGACGGUGGUCAAGAAGAGCGUGAUCGAGACGCAGCGGGAGAUCACCGCGUUCUGGCGGAAGCUCGUCGACCGGAAGAAGACUAGCGGGGUUUGCUGAUUCCGGAGGGUAGAUCUCCGCUAUCAUUUUUUUCUCCUUACUUAAUGCUAUGCUUACAAACAAAUUUUACGAACGUCUGCCAACUCGUAAGUUCGA